UUAUGUUUGCCAAACAGUAGUGACACUUCCUUUGCUACUUCAAUGGCUACGACGAGAAAUUGGUGGUAGGCCGUUUUCAAAUGGAAAAAACAAUCAAUUGCCCCUAAUUAUGUACAGUAGUUUAUAACUUUAUAUGAACAUUGAGGGAUGUUCGCAAAAUGUUCGAUAAAAUUCCUCAACCAAUUGUCUUCCAAGAAUUUCAAAAAAAUGGCAAAAGAGUUGAUAUGGGACAGUGCAGAGACUCAAGAAAGAAAACAGAGCGAGUUCUAUCUCUGUAUCAGCGAAUAUUGAGGAGCCAGAAUUCCUCUACUGAACUUUGCAGCAAGGGUUCAAAAGAAGGGCUGAAAUCUUUGCAGUAUUUAAUGCUGGCCUCUAGGAGUGAUCUCUCCGUACAAUUGACGGUCAUAUUGGCGCUGCUGAAUGCUCUUCUCCGUUUUAAGAAAGUUUCUCGCAUAGAAGCAGAAAGUCAAGAUGGAAACACAUUUUGCCAGCUAGUGAUCAUCCGAGAGUUAUAUUCUGUUCAUCCGAAUGAAUUGUAUAGGAUGGUUAUUUCAGAGGUAGACAAAGAAAAUCCUGAUGAGUCAGAUUUUGCUGGCUAUCUUCCUGAGGGAAAGCAGAAAUCACCUGCCGACCAAUUUGAAUUCAUCAUGCAAGGGAAAGUGUAUAAUGUCUCAACGGAUACAUCAGGAUCUGACACUAAAGCAGUGGUUCAUAUCUCCUUUGGUGGACUUCAGUUUAUGCUGAAAAGUGACCCAGCCAAGUUGCAAAGGUUUAAGCGGGGCCAGAGGGUCCUUCUUCUUAUGACGAAGGUGUGAAAGCGGUUGUGCUGCUGCAGUGGGAACCUCAAGUGCAGUGAGUUUCAGAUACCGAAUGCCUAAACAAAACAAAAAAACAUGGAGUGCAAUUUCAUGUCAAGUGAAGAGACAUUCAUUUUAUUUUCCUUCAUAUGUUGGGGGUAGAUGGGCUGUUUUAGAGGGUAGCAAGAGACCCUUCUGACCAGAAUUGCGCUUAUUCCGUUGAUUAUAUUACUUGUUUCUCUAUUUGAAACCUUUAUUUUUGCUCAAAACCAAUCUUAUUGAUAUAAAAUCUGCAUAUUUAAGGAAGCAAAAUGAGAAUCCA